GUUCCCCAACCCUCAGCCCUAGAAGCCUCUGGUGCUGGUGACCCUUUCUCACCCUUAGAGGACCCAGUGUCCGUCUCCAUGACACACUUGUUAGACCAGGCCAAGGCAAUACUGCAGAGCCACAUCACCUCCAAAUGUGGGCAGAUUCAUGAGGACAAAAUCCCUGUCCAUGUUUAUAGGUCUUGGGAGUGCAUAAUUCCUGGGAGUCUAGAAGUGGCUCCCUUCACCUGCAUCCCAGAAAGCAAGCCCCUGGAACUACAGGCAACAACUGACCCUGACCUACAACAGAAAGUUAUGCCCUGGAUGCCAACAGCCCUUGAUCAGCAGCAACAGGCCUCACCAGGUUCUGUCAUUGAACAUCCUAAGCUGUCCCGAAUGCUGUCCGAGAAAGCCACUGAGAAACUGGAGACAACUUUACGGCACAAGUAUCUGGCCUUCUUGUCAGGGCUGCCUGCUCUUUAUUAUGUGGCUCUCUCCAAGACCAAGGCCCCGGCCAUCACUACCAAAUCUAUCAUCGCAGAGGUGGUGCCAGAGCCUGUUGAAAUCCUAGCAGAACCUCUGACUCAGAUGAUCCCAUGUGAAGAACAGUGUCUAAGUCCUGAGCCAUGCUUUCAAGGUGCGAGCGAGACUUGUGCAGACAUUGCAGAUGAGUUCCAGGCUGAAGUGCAGGUGGAGGGAAUGAUCGAGAUGGAGCCUCUAGAAAGCCAGGCACAGCCUGCCUGCCCCUACUCACUCAAGAAACCCAUCUUGGCAAAACUCAAUUUCCAUCUGAGAAAGAAGACCCUAGAGACGCAAUGGGGGAUACCCAUAAAGGCAAGGGAGUCCAGGGAACAAAUUCUAGCCAUCCCAGAGAACACAUCCACACAGGAGCCUCUUGGGAGUCUAAACAACCAAGGAGAAACAUUGCUCCAGGAACUCCCCAUCCCACCAGACAUUCCUCAUGCCCCAGAUACACAAUGGCUCCACCUUAAAGAACAGCUGGCCAUUGAGUUAAAGGCAGCGCAGCAGACCCAGAAGCAGCCUAGUUCCGGAGCAGCACCCUAUGGUUCUGCCCAUUCGUCCUCCACUAUCUCUCAGCCCCACGGGAACAUGACAGAGGCCCAGGUGCUUUGUGUUCAGCUGGAGGCCGGUGUGAACAACCCCAGCCUGGAGGAGUCCUGGAGCCCUGAGCCCCAGAACCCUGGCAAGAACAAGGACUCAGUCCAAGUCCCCAUGCUGGAA